CUUUUGUCAUGUUGGAACUACAAAUUUAUUCUCAAACUUUAGUUCCUAUUUCUUGUUGAUUUUACGUUAUUAUUUGGAAUUUCAGUGUUAUUUUGUAAUAAAUGAUACUCCUUAAUACUUGUGUGUAUGCGAAAAGUGAUUUUUAAUGAGUUUAGAAGUGUAAAUUAAGUAAUAUCAAUGAUAUAGGGCAAUAUGGCACCAAAUCGAAGCGAUGGUUUGUUAGCUCGAGUGGAUUUUCCACUUUACACCUUACAAACCUUAACCAACAGACAUGUCCUCGUAGCGGGCGGUGGAGGAUCAUCCAAGACUGGUGUAGCUAAUGGAUUUGAAAUAUUCGAACUGUCGCAUAAUGGCAAUCGUUUUGUGGCCGAAGAGGUGAUGCGACAUGAGACUGGUGCUAAUGUGGUGAUGAACUGCGCCGUGAGCGCGCUGCAGACGCGCACGUACCUGGCCGCGGGGCAGGAGAGCCACUGCCAGCUGUACCGCGUCAACAUCCGCAUGGUGGACACGGCCGAGAUGCGCCGAGGAAGCUUUAAAGCAGAGAAUGGCCUAAUACGACGACGCAGACGCACUGUAUCAGAAAAUGACAACAUCUCCAAAACGGACAGAAACAGCAAUUCAACAGAAAAGAGAAUAUCAUUCGAAAUUAGGCCUUCAGACAGUAUACAGACUGACUUUGGUGAUGAAGCAAUGCAGAGGGUAGUGCGAAUCAGCCCCAAUGGCAAGUUAAUGGCCACCGGAGGCACAGACGGAAAAGUUAGACUUUGGAGCUUUCCAAAAAUGGAACUACUGCGGACCAUUGAUGCACACACUAAAGAGAUCGACGACCUAGACUUCAGUCCGUGCGACAGUAUGCUGGUGAGCAUCGCUAAGGACGGCGGCGCGAGCUUGUGGGCGGCGCAGGGGGCGGCGGGGGGCGCGGGGGUGGGGCCGCUGGUCGAGCUGGUCAGCCAGCCGCCCAACGGCACCAAGUAUCUGUUCAAACGAUGCCGAUUCGGCCUAAUAGAAGACCAAAAAGACGUGUACCGACUAUUCACACUAGCCAACCCGCUCGGGCGCUCGGGCAAGCAGAAGGGCCUCAUCCAGCUAUGGAACCCCAAAGACGGAACCCUCAAGAAGACGGUGGCGGUGGAUGAGAGCCUGUCUGCGCUGGCGGUCCGUGACGACGGCAGAUUCGUGGGAGUCGGAACCAUGUUCAGUGGUUCCGUAGAUAUUUACGUGGCGUUUAGUUUACAGCGAGUCCUGCACGUGGCGGGCGCACACUCCAUGUUCGUGACGGGGCUGCAGUUCGUGCCGGCGCGCGGCUCCGGCCCGCCCGUCGCCAGCCGCAGCGAGGCCGCGCUGCUGUCCAUAUCUGUGGACAACCGGCUCUGUGUGCACAGCCUGGACUAUAGAAGUACAAUGCCCGCGUGGUUGGCCAUUCUUCUAAUAAUUUUCGUGCUUUUCUGCACUUUUACUCUCUGCUCGUAUUUCGGCAUUUAACAUAGUUAUAUUUAUUUAAAUAAUUAUUAUUGUCUAUACAUAUUUGAAUUUCACUGUAAGUACCUCGGGGUUCUAUUAGGUUUUAGGCUAAUUUGAUAUCUAGGUAGGUAUAUUUAUCAAAAGCACAGAAUUCUUUGCUGGCAACAUUUUUAUUUUUCAUUUCACUGGUCAGUUCUCGAAAACUUUUUUUUAUACAAAUUCUAUUCUCAACUACUGCUUAUUCAAACAAAUUUCUCAAUUUAUUGUUUUAUUACAAAUAGUAUCAAAAACUAUGCCUGUGCUUUUGACUCUGAUAUCUCAGAUAUCGCUCAUGUUAAAUAAAUAAAUAUAGGUACAUUUCGUGUAUAAAAUAGGAUCAAUUGAAUUAAAUGAAGUGCAAUGUU